AUGUACACAUCAGAAAUCCACAUCCAUCUACUCGACAACGGCAAAGACUCCUCCAUCCAUGAUCCCGCUCACAUCAAUCCCACACGUCACUUUCCCAGUCAUUACCAAUUCACUCAUUACCAUCCCAGUUCCAGGUCCAUUCAGAAACUAAUGUUCAGGAUGGUAGAUGCGUCUGGCAAAACUAUUCAACUCCUCUUCCGGAAUGAUGGACAUCAAUUGUCCAAGGGCGGUAUAGAUGGGCGAUGCUACGGUCUGAUACUUCUGCGUGUGUUUUGCUACAGCCGUGGAGACAUUAUGGUCGAGUCUGGAGUCGCGCUUUUGCUUUUUCAUGACUUGCUUUGGAGUCGUAAACGAUCUUUCAACUUCCGAAACCCAAGGUCGACAUGUGAAAAAGCAGGCUUCCCGGCCGAAUUUAUUGUCACGAACACAAGUGUCGUAGAAAUGAUCACGGGACGGUUCAUUCAACCAAUGUAUAACUGUGCGGAAAGGCGUCUUCCCCGUUUCCCUGGAUUGACCAACUAG